AUGAACAACUACUCCUUCCUGGACAAUACCGGCAACGUCGCUAUGCCACGCUCCGCCCCCUCCCCUUCACCCUCCCAAGCCUCCCAAAUGAACGGCGCGCCGCAACAGAACGGCAUUCCGAUGGUCAAUGGCCUGCCCAGCGGUGGCCAGCAGACGGAUAUGAACCACCUGUGGAGCGUGGUGCAGCAGCUGAGCCAGAUGCUGGAGGAGAACAAGGCGCAGACACAGGGUGUGCUUAAUGGGGUGCAGGCGCUGCAGCAGCGCGCUGCAGAGGAGGGCGGUCUCGAUCCGGGUCGGAUAGGUGCGCGAGAAGUGAAUGGGGAAAUAAACGCAGCAUCACGCACCGCCGAACUCGCACACCUACAAACCCGCCUCUCCACCCUCGAAGCCACCAACGCCUCGCUAACAAGCACAAACACAUCCCUAACCGCCCUAAUAACCGACUACGAAAACGCCCUAACCCUACUCCUCGACAAACUGCGUCCCUACGCCUACAACCAAACCUCGUCAAUCCUCGCCCUACACAAGCACUACCAGAUACUGUUGGAGGCCGAGCGUGCGACGAGCAUGCAGCUGCGGCUCGAGCAUGCGGAGUGGCAGGCAGGAAUGGGAAGGGUAGCCGAGUACGCGAGACAGGCGCUGAAGGUGCAGACACAGGGGGAGGAGCCGCUGGUUGCAGAGAUUAAGAGCUUGAAGGAAGAGAAUCGUGUGUUGAGAAGGUUGGCGGGGUGGGAGGAGAGGGCGGAUAGCAGUGAUGAGGAG